AAUUAACAAUAAAUUUCUUGCUAUUUUUUAUGUUAAUAAACAUAUCCAUUAAAUUGUAUAGUAUAUUUUGUUUAUAGUUGAAAGCUUUGUUGAAAGCAACUAACUGAUGUAUGCUACACAGUUGCUAUGGCAGCGAUUUCGCGCCAAUACAAACAAAUUAAAAAAUCCUGAAAUAUUUGAUGUAGGGGUAGGUUUUAAUUUAGUGUAUUUUAGUGGACUUAGUUUUAGAAGUAGAUGACAGAUUAAAUUAAAUAGAAAUAUUAAUUAUGGAAUGGAAAGAAACUGUUACAGCAUUGUCAGAAAACGUUUUCCCAGGAAUCGCUUACAAAGUAGAACGUCAAACGGAAGGUUUAGAGAUAAAAUCCAAUUUACCACUACAAGUUUCUACAUAUUUCAACGUCGUGUUCGUUCCAGUUUGGAUAAACAUUCUUCUAAUUUCGGUUGUGGAUAAUUUCCACAACUUUGACCAACUGAAACAAUUUCUGUUUAUUACAAUAAUUAGUACUAUAAUAUUUGUCGAAGUUUUAAGAUUAUACAUGGUGUACGAAGGAAACUUAAAUGAUAAGAUUCCAGAAUUAGCCUGCUUUUGGAUGUUGUCUCUGUUUCUUCAACUUCCACUUCAAGGAAUCCUACUAUUUACUCCAUAUUUCCAACUAGACGUAUUGGAGAUAAUAUGUCAAACCGUAAUGAUGAUAUUACUCCUAUUCCAGAUACUGUUUGGUUAUGUCGCUUUGAAAUAUACAGCAUCUCAACAAGCAAUUUUCUAUAAGAUUAUGAAAUUAAAUAACGAGAUUCCUUCAAAAAGAACUAGUGCUAAAAAUGAAAAUAAGAAAACUGAACAAUAAAAUAUUCUAUAUUUAUUUGUUAAAGAUAUUUAUUUAUUUAUAGAUCGAAUAUCUAUAGAACAUGGAUUAAACUUAAAAAUAAAUGCUUAUUUUUAUAAUAUAAUUCAUACUUUUUUUUAUUUAUUAAGUACUAGAGAUGGGUAGGUCCGGUAUUUUAAAAGAGUCUGAUCCGGAGUUACAUCAAACUUCAAGGACAUACAUCCAGGUUCCAGUUCUGCCAGAUCUAUAUCAUUCUGAGCUUUCAUUUUAAUUUAAAUAAAUGUUGUUUUUGCAUGAAGCAACCCGCAUUUAAAAGUUUUGUAGUUCGUUGGAGCAUUCUGGUGUUUGGGUUUUGCCAAAUAAUCCUUAUCACCUGAUCUUAGCUGUUCUACUUAUUUGGUAAAGAUACCUUAAGGUUCAAAUUUAUGAAUAUGAGGCAAAACAUUAAGCACUUGACUUACUAAUAAAAGACAGUGAAGACACGAUAACAGCCUUUCAUCAAAACUGCAAUUGAUUGCUUCAUGCUAGAAACAAAAUGAUCGGCAUUUAACAGAUAAUAUUUUUGAGAAAUAAAAUGGCCAUCUUUUUUAGAAAAAAAAAACUAAAACUAAAUUUGAACGUAGUCCUCGUCUGCUGAUUUUAUUUGUGCAAUAAAUUAACAACUAGACCAAUUUCAAAUAAUACAAAAUAAUUUCGAAUACGGUUCUGUGAAACUAAACUUAAAAGAAACAGUAUACCGGGUGGUGCAUCGUCGCUGGAAACAGGAAAUCCCAUGCCAAAUUUUGAACUGUUUAAAUAUUGGCUCUCCUACUGAUUUUAUAUCGAAGUCAUAAAUAUAUUUUUUAAAGGUCUACGUUUGGUAAACACACAUGCCAAAUUUGAACAAUAUUGGACAAGCCGAUUUUGAGUAAUUUGAGAAAAACUGUAUAACCAUGGAGUAAAGCCGUAACUAUGGUAAUAUCAGAGGUUAAUAAAUUAUAUCGUGGGAAAAUUUGCGGUGAACGGACACUUCUAAAAAGCUUUAUACAGGAAAAUUUAAAAGAAAAUGCACGAUUUUCAACAUCUUUUUUUUGCGAAAAAAACUCAUAGACGUGUUCCUGGGGUCAAAAUAUACCACCCCUAAAAAUAUUUGUACUUAUUUAAGACUCACUCUGUAUAGUAAUAAUUUAUUGUUAAUUGUUAUACAGAUAAAGAAAAAAUGAGCGUGAUAAAAUAGUACUACGGAAGAAAUAGUUUAGACAAUGUAUCUGACAUGUUUCGGUUAAUUUCUUCUGAAUAUUAAAAUUUUAUUUAAAUUAAAUUACUUUUAACAAUGACAAAAUGUUAGUUUGUAAACCUAAGGUAUGUCGGUUUUUGACUGCGAUGUUUGAUUGUUACCUGUUUAGUUUUAAUAUAAAAAUAGAUACAAUCUUUCUUAAAUUACUCAAAACUGGCUGGUCCAAAAUUGUUCAAAUUUGGCAUGUGUAUUCAGCCAUAUGCAGACCUUUGCUGUAAAAUCAAUAGGGGAGCUAAUAUUUUAGCAGUUCAAAAUUUGCAUGGGAUUUCCUAUGUUUCCGACGACGAUGCACCACCCGGUAUACAACUCAGCAGCAGUUACAAGUCCCUCUUUAUUCCAAUACUCUCUAAUACUGAUUUAUUUCGUUACAUCAUUAUGUUUUCGUUAUCUACCGACAACGUGGCAGGUGGCCUGUCAGCAAUGCAGUUCCGCGAAUAGAGGCCGAUAUUCAAUAGAAUAUACACAUAGAUUUAGACAUUAUUAUUAUGAAAUAGAAAACAAAUUUCUUGCAGUAUAGGUAUAUAAUAAAAUUAUAUAAGGAUUCUUGCAACAUAACUGCUUAUAUAGAAAUU